AUGGCUUCCAAUAAUAAAAUAGAUAUCGGUUUCUUAGAGGAAAAGAGUAGUUGGCUUUUACAUCCGAAGUAUUUUCCAAGUAAAGUAGGUGGGAAACCAGCAUGGUUAAACUUACGGGAUUUACCGAGCCCUAGUGAAUUAAGUUGUAAAAAAUGCAACGAACCUUUGGUGUUUCUAUGUCAGAUUUAUGCCCCGUAUGAAGAAUCCGAUGAAGCUUUUCACAGGACUAUAUUCUUGUUCAUAUGUAGAAAUGGAUCAUGUUGUCAAAUAAAUAGUUCAGAUAACUUCAAAGUAUUGCGAUGCCAGCUUCCUAGGAAGAAUGAUUUUUACUCUUUCGAACCGUAUGAAGAAAUAGAAAAUGAAGACUUUCCGAUGGAUCAAUGGCCUCAUUUGUGCAAUCUGUGUGGUUGUAAAGGGCCUUCACAUUGUUCUAAAUGUAAGAAAACAUAUUACUGCAGUCGCAAACAUCAAAUCUUAGACUGGCAAAAAGGCCAUAAGCAGAUUUGUCCUGAGUUACAGACUGCUGAUGCCAAACCUAACAAUUUUGUAGUCACUGAGUCUGGGAAGUCAGUUCUGUUCAAAGAAUGGGAACUUAUAGUAGAUGAAGAAGAUGAGAGGACCCAAAAGAUGAAUGUAAAUGAAGAAAUGGCAAAGUUGCAAAAGUUAAUGCAGGAGAAGAAAGCUGGUACUUUGAGUAAUGUCAGUGAAGAUGAACUGGAACAGUACACCAAGACAAUGCCUGAAGAUAAAGUCUUCAACAAAUUCAGUAAAAGAGUACGAGGCACCCAGACCAAGUAUUGAGGUAUGAUCGAGGAGGUCAUCCUCUAUGGAUUACUGGGAAUUCUGGUAACAGUAUUGUCGAUGUUCCAAACUGCCAGUACUGCAAUGGGGAAAGACACUUUGAAUUCCAAAUAAUGCCACAACUCCUAAACUUUAUUGGUGUUGGAAUAGAAAUAAACAGCAUUGACUGGGGUGUUCUUGUAGUAUACACUUGCAAAUCAAGCUGUUCUGAAGGACCAGCAUACAAGGAGGAAAUCAUUAUAAAACAAGAUUUGUCAACUUGA